GUGCAGCCGGGAAGAUAUGAUGUGGUGGCAAGCAAUCGCCUUGGACAGGACUCGAGUUCCUGCAAGGUGAUUGUUCAGUAUGAGCAGGAAGAGCCUGUCACUUCACCGAAGCCACCACCAAUCUUUAUCCAAUCUUUAUCUAAGGAGACAGUUGUUCUUCUUGGGGAGGAAACUAAAAUAGAAGUGGUUGUCUCCGGUACACCUCCUUUCAGUUUUAAGUGGAUCAUCAAUGGUUCAGAGAUCAGUUCCAGUAAAGACAUUGAAAUAGUCGUAGAUGGGAACCGAUCUACAUUGCGUGUACAGAAGUCGUUAGGGAAUAAUGCCGUUUUAAUAGUAGAGGUUAUGGACAGGAACGGUACGGCACGUUCCGAAACAAUCAUCAAGGAGAUCUCAAAGACAACGACGAUGGUGGAAGCGAUACCACCUAGAGUUACCACAACCACUGUAAAGGAGGAAGUUACAGAGACCAAGAAGGAGGUGGUCGAGAAACAGCCGUCUCCCGCGGCGAAUAAGGCUCCAAUGUUUACACAAAAACUUGACAACAUUGAGCUUAUGGAGGGUGACACUUUACGAUGUCAUGUGAAAGUGAGCGAUGAAAGUGACAGUUGUACCUUUGAAUGGUAUGCCAACGACAUGCAAAUCACAUCUGGGGAACAGGUGUUCAUCGAAACGGGUCUUCGAGAAAGCCGACUUUCAAUAGAGAACAUGGGUGAAAUGAGUGGUGUCAAAUUGACCGCUAUCGCCCGUAAUCCACAUGGAACAUCAGUCAGCGCAGCUGAGUUGAACGUCGUCAGAAGUGAGUUUCACUAA